AAUAAAGCAGCAUGCUCAGCUAUGUGGUGGUCGCGCUUUUAUCCGUGUCGCUGGCAGUGCUGUUCAUCCCUCCUGAUUGGUCAGCUAUGUUUGGCACUGAGUCAUCAAAGGGGUCACCGGUCAGACUCCUAAGCAGGAGUGAGUUAGCGCUGCACGGUGGGCAGCGGGGCAGCAAGGGGCUAUACCUGGCCAUACUGGGCCAUGUUUUUGAUGUACACAAGGGAGAAAAGCACUAUGGACCCGGUGGCGCUUAUCACUUUAUGGCAGGCAAAGACGCCUCCCUGGCCUUCAUCACCGGAGACUUCACAGAGAGUGGGCUGACAGAUGACGUAUCGAGUCUGUCCCCCCUAGAGGUGGUUGCACUGUACGACUGGCUGGCCUUCUACCAGAGGGACUACCAAAAUGUGGGUGUAUUAAUCGGUCGGUUCUAUAACGAGGCUGGAGAGCCCACAGAGGCCCUGUUGAGAGUAGAAGCAUCACUAGCAGAGGGUAAGAAGCUCAAGGCUCAGUCUGAGGCUGAGAGGAUUCGCUUUCCGUCUUGUAACUCAGAAUGGACUGCUGCCAGUGGAGGAAGAUUCUGGUGCUCCACUAAGAGCGGUGGAGUGGCGAGACACUGGGCAGGCGUGCCACGGCAGCUCUUCUCUCCCGGCUCCAGUGGUGUUCGUUGUGUCUGUGUUGAAGACCCGAUCGCGGCAGAGGAAGACCCCAACCUGCAGAAAUACGACGGCUGCCCUGCACAUGCCGAGUCAUGCUCUGUGGGAGCGCACUAGACCGGUCAGCCCCGAGAAUGGGCCCAC